AUGGGUAAAUGUCGUUGCAAACGUUGCGGAAAUAUACGUGGUGAGGAUCACGCUUGCUUCAUUCACAAGAAAUUUGACUAUAGGUAUUCAAUACAACAGCGAGCAGAAUCAGAUGACACCCUUGAUGAAGGAAACGAUAAAUCUACUGAAAAUUCGAAUGACGAUUCUCAGAAUUUAAGUCGAGCUUUUGGACGAAAGGAAAGUGAAAGAACAGAGCUCACAAGUUUGUCUCUAUUUCAAAAUACUGAAAGAGACAUGUCUACAAGAUCUGCAGUGAGCUCCAACUAUGUACAACUAAGGAGUCCUUCUGAUAGUUCCCAUUUUCAUUCCAUUUCAGAUUUUCAAGCGAUUCAAGUCCAAACAAAUCAAAAUGCAUCUUUUAGGGAUUCUUCUAUUAAUGCUGAACCUAAUAACAGACAUGAAAAUGAUUGUAUCGAAACCUAUAACAGAGAACAAGCUGCUGCCGGAUCGAGUGGUAUUGAUAUACAAAAUCAAAUUGGAUCAAGUGGAUCGGAUCUGAUGCAUGCAAAACCUGAUGAAGAAUGCAAAAUGUAUCUUGAAGAGAGCAAAUGGCAGUCUUUGAAAAAAGAUAAAAAGGAUUUUAUGGAUGCUCUAGAAUAUCCGAAAAGUGGCAAAAGGCAAGUGUCAGAAGUUGUAAAUGAGGAACAUAUUUCACACGAAGUGCACUCUGAGGUUCACAGUAAGAAGACGAAGGUGGCCACCUACGUGAAGGAACCUCAUUCUACCAAAAAAGAUGACAAUGCUGUCGCUGGGCCUUCUGGAAUCUCUCCCCGUAAGAAGAAUUUCCCUAAGACCUUCAGUAAGAAAGAUACUCUUAAACCGAAUUAUAAAACACACACUGGCAAUGAGCCUUUUACGUGCAAUAUAUGUGAUAAAAAAUUCUAUUUUAAAUCAAAGCAAGACCGACAUUACAGAACGCACACUGGCGAAAAGCCUUAUGAAUGCGUUAUAUGCGGGAAAAAAUUCAGUCGGAAUGAUCGUCUCAUCAUCCAUUAUCGAGUACAUACUGGCGAAAAGCCUUAUCAAUGCGGUAUAUGCGAGAAAAAAUUCAGUCGGAAUGAUCAACUCAUCAUCCAUAAUCGAGUACAUACUGGCGAAAAGCCUUAUGUGUGUGAAUUUUGUAAUAAAGGUUUUUCUCAAAAGGGUAAUCUUGAAAUACAUGUAAGGACGCACACUGGAGAAAAGCCAUAUAAAUGUCCAUCUUGUGAAGAGUCUUUCAUGAACAGCAGGGAUUUUAAAAGUCAUCACAAAAGAAAGCACGAAUUUAGGGUGAAAAUAAUGGGUAAAUGUCAUUGCAAACGUUGCGGAAAUAUACGUGGUGAGGAUCACGCUUGCUUCAUUCACAAGAAAUUUGACUAUAGGUAUUCAAUACAACAGCGAGCAGAAUCAGAUGACAACCUUGAUGAAGGAAACGAUAAAUCUACGGAAAAUUCGAAUGACGAUUCUCAGAAUUUAAGUCGAGCUUUUGGACGAAAGGAAAGUGAAAGAACAGAGCUCACAAGUUGGUCUCUAUUUCAAAAUACUGAAAGAGACAUGUCUACGAGAUCUGCAGUGAGCUCCAACUAUGUACAACUAAGGAGUCCUUCUGAUAGUUCACAUUUUCAUUCCAUUUCAGAUUUUCAAGCGAUUCAAGUCCAAACAAAUCAAAAUGCAUCUUUUAGGGAUUCUUCUAUUAAUGCUGAACCUAAUAACAGACAUGAAAAUGAUUUUAUCGAAACCUAUAACAGAGAACAAGCUGCUGCCGGAUCGAGUGGUAUUGAUAUACAAAAUCAAAUUGGAUCAAGUGGAUCGGAUCUGAUGCAUGCAAAACCUGAUGAAGAAUGCAAAAUGUAUCUUGAAGAGAGCAAAUCGCAGUCUUUGAAAAAAGAUAAAAAGGAUUUUAUGGAUGCUCUAGAAUAUGUUAUCAGAAAUGCUCUUUCAGAUAAUAACAAUAUUUCUGGAACUGCGAAUUCCACUAUGAACCCUGAUCUUCUAUCAGGCAUUAAGGAGCCGAAAAGUGGCAAAAGGCAAGUGUCAGAAGUUGUAAAUGAGGAGCAUAUUUCACACGAAGUGAAUUCUGAAGUUCACAGUAAGAAGACGAAGGUGGCCACCUACGUGAAGGAACCUCAUUCUACCAAAAAAGAUGACAAUGCUGUCGCUGGGCCUUCUGGAAUCUCUCCCCGUAAGAAGAAUUUCCCUAAGACCUUCAGUAAGAAAGAUACUCUUAAACCGAAUUAUCAAACACACACUGGCAAUGAGCCCUUUACGUGCAAUAUAUGUGAUAAAAAAUUCUCUGGGAAAUCAGAUCACGAGCGACAUUACAGAACGCACACUGGCGAAAAGCCUUAUGAAUGCGUUAUAUGUGGGAAAAAAUUCAAUCGGAAUGAUCAUCUCAUCAUCCAUUAUCGAGUACAUACUGGCGAAAAGCCUCAUGUGUGUGAAUUUUGUAACAAAGGUUUUGCUAAAAAGGAUAAUCUUAAAAGACAUGUAAGGACGCACACUGGAGAAAAGCCAUAUAAAUGUCCAUCUUGUGAAGAGUCUUUCAUGAACAGCAGGGAUUUUAAAAGUCAUCACAAAAGAAAGCACGAGUGA